UCAUUCGUUAUCUGAAAUGCAGAGUAGCGGAGUGCAGCUUCCUAUUUAAACAUGUAUUUUUUAUACAAUCCAUGUACUAAUUAUUGUUCCGGAAGUAGUGCUUGUAAUAUUUUAUGUCAGUUUUAAAGUACAAAUUUUUUUUUUUUUUUAAUUAAACGAAAACUUUUUUAUAGUAUAUACGAUCAACGAUGCAGGCGAAUGUGUUUAAACUCGUCACAUUUAAUGUAGUGUUGUUCACUUGUUUAUAUUUUGUUUGUGGAGUCCCCAAUCCUAAAGAUCCUGCCCUCGAAAAGUUACAAGCACAGCAGCAACAUUUCAGAGGGGAAGAGCAUGAUCCUAACUAUGAUCAUGAAGCAUUUCUUGGUCAAGAAGCGGAAGAAUUUGAUAAUUUAACACAACAAGAGAGCCAAAGAAGGCUCGGUCUGAUUGUGAAUAAAAUUGAUAAAAAUAAUGAUGGUUUUGUGACUAAAGAUGAACUAAAAAACUGGAUAACGUUUACCCAAAAGCGUUAUAUCAUGAACGAUGUUGAAAAUCAAUGGAAAAUGCAUAAAAACAAUGCUGAUGACAAAAUAUCGUGGCCAGAAUACCGUAAAGACACAUAUGGAUUUAUGAGUGAUGAAGAAGCUAAUGAUGUGCAAAAACAAGACGAUUCAUAUUCAUAUGCUAAAUUGAUAAUAAGAGAUAAAAGAAGAUGGGCAGCGGCCGAUGUUGAUGGCGAUGGUUUGCUGACUAAAGAUGAGUUUGUUUCAUUUCUUCAUCCCGAAGAAAGUGACCAUACAAAAGACAUUGUUGUUAAUGAAACCAUAGAAGAUAUGGAUAAAGACAAAGAUGGAAAAAUAUCUAUCGAUGAAUAUAUCGAGGAUCUAUUUCCUGGCGUGGAAAAAAAUGAAGAACCAAGUUUUGUGAUCAGUGAAAAAGAACAGUUUAAAACGUAUAGAGACAAAGAUGGGGAUGGAUUUUUGGACAUCGGAGAGGUGAAAGAUUGGAUUUUGCCUGAGAACUUCGACCAUGCUGAAGCCGAGAGUAGACACUUGAUUUACGAGUCAGAUUCUGAUGCGGAUGGAAAGUUAACUAAGAACGAAAUUCUGGAAAAGUAUGAUUUGUUUGUUGGGUCUCAAGCUACUGAUUUUGGAGAAGCUAUUAUAAAACAUGAAGAAUUAUAAUCAAGAUUAUUUUAAGUUAAAUAAUGCUAAUAUUUUUAAUGGAAUCUGUUUUUUUUUCAACUUACUAUAGUUGCUAUUAGUUUUAUUAAAAAUAAUGUUUAUAAAAUAAGUAAUAUUUAUUUUUAAUACUUGAGUAAAGUAAUAAUAAAUGAAAUACUAAAAAUCAACUUAAAUAUAUUUCAUAAAAUAUAUGAAGACAAUUUUGUAUGUAUC